AUGACAGUGGACGAAUUCUUCGAGAAAUCCGUGGGCGAGUGGAGUAGCCAGCGUUCCAGCCACAAUCUUGCGUGGGCACAGUUCGAGGCUAUCACAAGUGACAUCACAAUCACAAAAAAGACGGCAAAUGACGAUGAGGUUGUGUCGUUGUGCCGGCAGCACGAGAUAGCCGUGGAGGAGACGGAUGUGUCAAUUGCAAUGAGCUGGGAAGGCGAGUCGGACUGGGACGAGGACGAGGUGAUGGAGGGGACCGCAGUGAUGUCCGUGGUGAAAGACGGGCCGGCGAAUGGACGGUUGCUGAGAAGUGUGGGGUAUGCGGAGACGAUUCCAGCGGUGGGGAAGUGGGAGAUGACGGAGGAUGGGGUAUUCGUGCUGCACACGUUCUACGAGGCGGCGGCUGCCGAGGAGCGGAUUUGGUUCGCGACCCCAAAUCUGCGGAUGCGGGUUUCGCUGAUCAGGACGAGUUCAGGGAAUGGGGUCGUGACAGCUUCGUUUUCCACAGAAAUCCGAAAACUGCGUCCGUAG